AUGGAGGCACAGAAGGAGGUUUUGGUGCCAAUUCUCUGGGCAGCAUGGAAAGAUCUGGUUGCAGAGCGCCGGCGGGACGAGACCAUGGAUAUCUCGCAGCGUGCGGUCGAGGACGAUGCUCGCAAGGCGCAGCAGGAGGACAAGACGCUUGCACAAGAGGCAGCCAAGCUUCGAGAGACUUAUCGAAACUCGCAGCAGCAGCGGCAGGCUGUGUUUUUGUGGUCCAUUGAGCGUCGAGAUCAGUCCAUGCUGCUGAGAGCGAGUGCCUGGACGAUCGGAGGAAAACAGAGGUGGAACACGUGCAGACCUUGA